AUGGCUUCCGCGAUCGCGACCGCGCCCGCCGCCGCCGCCGCGCGCCGGUCCCCGUUCACGGGCUCUCGCGCGCGCGCGCUCAAGCUCGCGCCCAGGCGCGCGCCGCGCGCGCCCGCGACCCCGCGCACGGUCGCGCGCAGCGUCGAGAUCGAGCCCGCGCCCGCCGCCGCGCCCUCCCCGGGCGCCGGCGGCGUCGACCGCAACUCCGGAUUCGAGGUGCACAAGUUUGGCGGCACGUGCGUGGGAAGCAGCGAGCGCAUCUCCGGCUGCUGCGACCUGCUCAUCGCGAACGCCAAGGCGGGCGUGAAGAUCUUCGGCGUCGUCUCCGCGAUGGGCGUCGCGAAGAAGGGCGAGCCGAAGGUGACGGAUUGCCUCAUCAACGCUACGGACAUGGCGUCGGCGCGAGACCCCGCGUACGCGGAGGAGCUCGUCAAGCUCGAGCAUAAGCACCGCACCACCGCGGAGGCGCUUCUGACGGAUAAGUCCGAGUUCGACGCGUACAUGUCCGCGUUCGACGCGGAGCUGACGGACCUGGCGAGCAUGCUGAAGGCGAUGUCAAUCGCCGGGACGUCGACGCAAGCCUUCGCCGAUUUCGUCGUCGGGCACGGGGAGCUCUGGACCGCGCGGCUGUGCGCGGCGGCGAUUCGAUGCAAGGGCUACGACGCGGAGUGGAUCGACGCGAGGGACGUUUUGAUCGUCACCGACGCGGAAGAUGGCGGCGUGGACGUCGAUUACGAACGGUCGAACGCGAACCUGGAUAAGAUUUUCAACGACUGCGGGCACGGCGAGAAGGGCGCGGGGCGGAUUCUCAUCGCCACCGGGUUCAUCGCGCGCACGCCCGACGGCGUCCCGACGACGCUGAAGAGGAACGGAAGCGAUUACUCCGCGACCAUCUUCGGCGCGAUGCUCAUCGCGGCGAAGAUCACGAUCUGGACGGACGUCGACGGCGUGUACUCGGCGGAUCCGAGGAAAGUCAAAGAAGCCGUCUGCCUCGACACGCUCUCGUACAACGAAGCGUGGGAGCUGUCGUACUUUGGCGCGAACGUGCUGCACCCGCGGACGACGCUCCCGGCGAUGAGGUACUCCAUCCCGAUCGUCCUGAGGAACUAUUUCAACCAAGCCGCGCCGGGAACGUCUAUUCUCGACGGAUGCCCCAUCGACACCGACGUCGUCUGCGGCAGCGCGGAGGACGCGAGCCUCAUCAAAGGCCUCGCCACCAUCGACGACGUGUGCCUGAUCAACGUCGAGGGGACCGGGAUGGUCGGCGUCCCCGGGACCGCGAACGCGGUGUUCCAGACCGUGAAGGAGGCGAACUGCAACGUCGUGAUGAUCUCGCAGGCGUCCUCGGAGCACUCGAUCUGCUUCGCGGUGCGGUCGCACGACGCCGACCGAGCCAUCACCGCGCUCUCGAAACGCUUCGAGAAGGCCAUCGCGGCGGGGAGGAUCAAGGAAGUCACCGCGGUGAGAAACUGCUCGAUUCUCGCCGUGGUCGGCCAGAACAUGUGCCAAGUCUGCGGCGUCGCCGCGAGCGUCUUCGAAGCGCUCGCGUCGUCCGCGGUGAACGUCAUCGCGAUCGCGCAGGGCGCGUCCGAGUACAACAUCACCGUCGUCGUGGACAAGAACGACGUCACCAAGGCGCUGAACGCGGUGCACGGCCGCUUCUACCUCAGCAAGACGGUCAUGACCGUCGGCCUCGUCGGCCCCGGGCUCGUCGGGCAGACGCUCCUCCGACAGAUGAAGGAGCAGCUCUCCGAGCUCAAGACGGACUUCAGCGUCGACCUCCGAGUCGUCGGCGUCACGGGCGUCUCGAAGAUGCUCCUCACCGGCGACGACGACGUCGCGUUGAACCUGGACACGUGGCAGGAGGAUUACAAGGCGAGCGCGACGCCGGUGGACAUGGCCGCGUUCACGCAGCACGUCGUCGACUCCGGGGCGCCGAACCAGGUCAUCAUCGACUGCUCCGCGUCCGAGGAGGUGGCGUCGCACUACAAGGAGUGGCUCCAACGCGGCAUCAACGUCGUCACCCCGAACAAAAAAGCGAACAGCGGGCCGUUGGAUUAUUACAAGGAGCUCCGAUCGAUCGCGCGCGACGGGUACACGCACUACUUUUACGAGGGCACCGUCGGCGCCGGGCUGCCGAUCAUCUCCACCGUGCGCAACCUCGUCGACUCCGGCGACCGCGUGAAAAAGAUCGAGGGGAUCUUCUCCGGGACGCUGUCCUACAUCUUCAACACGUACGCCGACGGCGACGCCUUCUCCGACGUCGUAAAGAAGGCGAAGGAGCUCGGGUACACGGAGCCCGACCCGCGCGACGACCUCAGCGGCACGGACGUCGCGAGGAAGGUGGUCAUCCUCGCGCGCGAGGUUGGCCUGGAUCUCGAGUUGAGCGACGUCCCGGUCGAGUCGUUGGUCCCCGAGGCGCUGCGCGACGCGGAGAGCGCGGAGGCGUUUUUAGCGGCGCUCCCCGAGCACGACGGAGGCGCGUUCUAUACACUGAUGGCGGAGGCCACCGCGGCUGGCGAGAAGCUUCGGUACGUCGGCGUCGUCGACGUCGAGGCCGGGACCGGGUCCGUCGAGCUGCGCCGGUACGCCGCGACGCACCCGUUCGGUGCGCUCUCCGGGAGCGAUAACAUCAUGUCGUUCGAGACGAAGCGAUACGCGUCGGGAGGGACGCUCGUGGUCCGGGGGCCGGGCGCGGGCGCGGAGGUCACCGCCGGCGGCGUCUUCGGCGACGUGCUUCGCGUCGCGCAGUACUUGGGGGCGCCGUCUUGA